UCUGUCAAGAACCAACUGGAUGCACAGAGAACAAGCUCUCGAAACCUUUGAAGAACAAAAACAACAGACUAAUUGACUUUAAUGGGCUUUUACCUGAGGCAUAGAUAAUAUCUUGAGUGUCGAUCCUGUGUGUGCGCGUGUGCGUGUUUUCGUGGGAUCAUUUUGGUGCAGGGAAGCCGGAGAAUCCUCCAACUACCUCCUGCAUUUUCACAAAGGAGCGCGCAAGGCUGGAUUCAAGCUGCAGUCCACUCCUCCUCACCAUCUGCAUUGGCACAUCUGAAAUACACGGAGGCAGAGAGGACGGCGAGGAGCUUUUCUCCACAACUCUUUCCACGGACUUUUGCAUCUUCAGAUGCGAUUCAUUCCACUUUACUAACUAAGAUGAGACCACGUGUUGUGCGGAGUGCCGGAGAUGCUGCUGCCUGCGCGUUAAAGUGCGGUGAGUGAGUGUCGGACGGGGACUUUUGAAUGCCGCCUCUGAUGUGCAGCUCGUCGCUGUCCGACGCGCGAGUGGUGCUGAAAUUUGGAUGAUGCCUGGCCUGCGACUGCAAGGCUGCCGCUCCCUGCACCUCAACGAGGACAACGGCCGCUUCGUGCUGCUCGCCCUCCUCAUCAUCCUCUACCUGCUGUGCGGCGCUGCGGUCUUCUCGGCCAUAGAGAGGCCCUCGGAGCUGCGGGCUCACGGCCGCUGGAACGGGACGCUCCUCAACUUUAGUGAGACCUUCAACAUCAGCCUGCAGGAGCUCAACUCCUUCCUGCGGGAGUACGAGGCUGCCAUCGCCGCCGGGAUCCGGGCUGAUGCCCUGAGGCCACGAUGGGAUUUUACAGGGGCUUUUUAUUUUGUUGGAACUGUGGUGUCGACUAUAGGUUUCGGGAUGACAACCCCUGUCACAGUCGCAGGCAAGGUGUUCCUGAUUUUUUAUGGGCUCCUGGGCUGCGCUGCUACCAUCCUUUUCUUUAACCUAUUCCUGGAGCGAAUCAUCACCCUGCUGGCUGUGGUGAUGAAGGCGGUGAGGGAGCGGAGAAUCAGGAAUAGCGGUCUGCUCCCCCCAGGCAUUCGCCAUGACUUCUCAGCCUACUCCCUUCCAGGCUGGAAACCCUCUGUGUACCACGUGAUGCUGAUUCUUGGCCUGUCAGCCAUCACUAUUUCCUGCUGUGCGUCGGCCAUGUACACCCCGGUGGAAGGAUGGGUGUACUUGGACUCCCUCUACUUUUGCUUUGUUACCUUCAGCACCAUUGGCUUUGGGGAUUACGUCAGCAGCCAGAGCGCCUCCUAUGAAUACCAAAGCCUCUACAGGGUGGCCAACUUUUUCUUCAUGCUCAUGGGUGUGUGCUGCAUCUACUCACUCUUCAAUGUCAUCUCCAUUGUCAUCAAGCAGGUGCUCAACUGGAUCCUGGAGAAAAUGAGCUGCUUGUUUUGUCAGCGCUGCAGCAAGGCCCAGGCCUUCUUGGGUCGGCGUAAUGCCAUCAGGCCGGGCUCUAAGGGUCGCCAAGGUCGUCUUGCCCAUGCGCCUGACUCCGAAGGACCUUGCGAUAGUGACACUGAGGGACGCAGACUAUCAGGCGAGAUGAUCUCUAUGAAAGACCUGGCAGCGUCUAACAAAGUAUCUCUGGCUCUCAUGCAGAAGCAGCUGUCAGAGUCAGCUAAUGGAUACCCCAGGACAGUCUGUGGCAGCUCACGCCAUAAUGGUUUCUCUGGGGGAGUCGGUGCCCUGGGUAUCAUGAACAACAGGUUGGCAGAGACGAGUAACUCCAGAUAAAGGGAACAGCAACUGAGACUAAGUGCCGGAAAAGAUUGGAUUUUAAAGUGGAGCCUUAGUUUUCUUUGUUAUGCAUGAUACACUUAUAUUUGGAGUAUAUCUGGAGCUCAGUGGUGACAAAACAAUGAAAGUUAAAACAGGUUGUCAUGGAUUUUACCAUGAUGGUGGCAUGAAGAGAGAACUCUAGUCACAACUGAAAGAAAUUGUUCAGGAAGAACCCUUGAUCCCCGUUGAAUUGACCAACCAUUGAACCCUGAGCAAAUCACUGAACGUCCAUGAAAUAUCACUGACAGUCUGCAGGAACAGUCUGUAAUUUCAUGCUCAUCGCACCAGACUUAAGUGACUGAAACGUUCUACUGUUAUGGAGCCAAGGAAAGUACAUAGUGCAAUCUUAAUUCUUUGUACAUAUAAUACAGGUGUAAUCACUGAAUGAUAUAGCACACGAUGAUCUAUGCAUUAUACUUCUCAUGCAUUUUUUGCACCAUUAGUAGACUUGUGCAAUUCCCAUGCAUUCUUGUCAUGGCUUAAGUUUUACCCCUCAGGUCAUUCAUUUUAUAAAUCAAUAGUAGAAAGAGUAAGAGUAACGUCAGUGAUUUUGCGGAUGACUAGACAUCUACGAUUGUUGCUGUCACAUUCCACAAGAUUGAAAACAAAAAAUCCGAAGGAAAGAAACUUGUUUUUUUUUUGUUUGUUUAUCAGUUGGCUACAAGUGUGGUGUCACAGAUCUUUGAAUCAAAGCAGAAAGCAAAAACACCACCCUAUUGUAUCUCUUUGUUUUUUCAAACUUACAGCUGCCAGCAACAAAACAACAGAUAAAGGCUGGUAAUAUUUUAAUUAAAAUUUUAAUUACAGGAUUCAUACUUAUGAUUGGGGUGAAUUUUACUUCAAGUCAACGAGAAGCCUUUAGAGACGCAGGGACGGCGGAGGGUGAAUUUCAAUUUCCCUCUUGACAUUUAACCUUAAACCUUGACCCUCCAUUUAACAUUUGAAUGAAAGUUGAGGGUUGAGGUUAAGGUUACACUGUACAUUGUCUUGUUGCAGAAGAGACGUAGGCUUCAGUGUAGAGUUAGUUGUUACCACAGUGGUGGGCCAUGGGGCAGUCAGGUCAUUUGUGGGCUGUUGUUGAUCACAGUUUUAGACUGUGUCAACAAAAACAAGAUGUGGAAAUGGCUUCAUUGCAAACGCAUUACAAAAAGGCUUCAAUGGAUUGGCAGCAGCCACUCCAUUAAAAGAAUUCCCAUGUCUGUGAGGUCCUUCUUACUGGGAAUGCUACGACUUCACUUUUACUCUCAACAACAUGUAAAUUACCGCCAUCUGCUGUUAAAGAAUGUAACUACCUCUAACGCAGGUGAAGCGCAUGCUUUGGCUCAAAUGAUUAAUGUUGUGUCAUGACUGGUCAACCCACCUUGCAACACGUUAAAGAUUAAGAGGUAAGUGACAUCGCUAAGAAAUCAAAUUUAAGCCAAAACAACCCAUUAUACUCUUUAGUCAUUCAAGCCAUUCUCUGACAUGACUCCUGACAUUUCUUUGAAUGACUACGUCUUGGGUAUCACUCAUGACUCAUUAUGUUCUUGAAGCGGUGUUCCAUUUCCCAGGGAUAGAUUUCUCCCACUUCCCUUUGUAAUUCAAUUUCAAUGGACGAGGGUUGGAAGGAAAAGACAAAUGGGACAAGACCAAACAUUGAUGGUUUUAUCCUACAGGUGACAAUAACGCUUGAAACUCAAAACCCUAAAAGGUUUUCUCUGCGAAACAAACCAGACAAGAUAUAUAAUAAUAAUAAACAAAGCUUUCAGAGGGUGAUCUCUCCUAAUUUAGUGAAUUUAAGGAUACAGUGCUUCUCCGUCAGGUUCCGUUUUCACAAGCAUAAUUUCUUCCAUAGUAUCUGCAAUUGAGCGCUUUUGUGGUGGUGUAUUUUUUAUCCUGGUUGUAUUUUUAAACAGCCAGGAUAUGGGAGGAGACAUUAUACUCAAACUGUCACUUCUUUAACAUAUUCACACACAAUACGAAUAAAUGGUGGCUCUAAUCAACUUUUUCCAUCUUUGACUUCUAAUAUCCUUCCAGACAGCUCGCUUUGUUUUCCCUGUCAUCUCUGAAUUCACUGCACCAAAAAUGCUCCUGCUUUGUUUCCCUUGCACAUCGACUCUGUCCUCAAGCCUAUCGUCACACUUACACUGUGAAUAAGAGACAUGUCAUAACUGUAUAUAUAUAUAUGAAACCCUGGAGCAUCUUAACAGUGUGACCUGGAUCUGGAUUAGUCCCUUGUUGUAAUUCGUCACCUUAGAGCCUAGACGUGAUGAUGUACUUUACUCCCAGUCUCAACAAAUGGAAUAGAGAAAAUGACUCAGGUAGUUAAACCUUCAGGCUUGUCUUAGUUUUUCCUUGCAUGCCACUAUGGUAAAGCCAUAUGAGAUAGCUGUAAAUAACAGAGGACUAUUUAAAGUCUAUUUUUCUACUUCUACUGUUUAGCUUUUGAGUAUCUUAAUGUAAAUGACUGGAGAAGACUGAUGAGAUGCAGCUUGUAAAACAUCCCUCAAAUAAAGAGAUCACAGGUGUUCUGAGGUGAACGUGUAGGAAAUGUAAACGUUGUUGCUGUUGCAGAGUCAAAUGAAAAGAUCGGCCUCCCUCUCACAUUUGUUCCAUUUGUGUGAAGCUAAAGCACAUCUGUUUAGCAGUUCAACAGAAUGGGGGCGCUGCAGGACAAGUUUAACAGACUAGCUAAAAACAAACCGAUCUGGUUUCUUUGAAUAAAAUAAUCAAAUAAAUUACUGAAACUAUUA